AUGGGCUCAUCGGGAUUGAUGAGCUCAGCGAUCCCUUCACCCUCAGAGAUGCCGGUCCCAACAGAGAUGCCCACGAGCCCGGCGGAAUCACCACAAGAUCCCACUGAGGCUGUUACUCGCGACACUCGCACCUUGGGAACCAAUGUGCCGACGGUGUCAGGAGAAUGGAGGGCUCGGACCGGACAACCACCGAUUCAGAAAGGGGAAGGGGAAAGAACCAAGCAGAGGAGGAAGCAACAGAAAUUCCACUGCCGCAAAGGUCGUCAGGCCCCCUGGUGUCCUCGGCUGUGGCUUCAUCUGCCCUGGCGAUGUCGCCUUCAGAGAUGCCGGUUCCCACGGAACUUCCCACCACCAGUCCAAUGGAAGAACCUGCGGUCGGGAGACCCGGUUGGGGAGUUGGAAGCUUGCUGUGGCGAAAUCAGGCAUAGCCGAUCCGACGAAGGAGGUGUGGCUGUGAAUGGCUAUGAUUUCUGGUUGGUGGCAAGCGGUGCCGUGGGCCCCAAGUGUGAGCACCUCUGUGUGCCCCCUCUGCUUGCUUGCACCGCCCAGCAGCGGCCCGCCAUGGCUUCCUGCGGUGUGCUCCUCCUUUGGGCGCUGCCCCGGCUAGUGGCUCUGCAUGGGCCUGCUCUGCGCUGCCCCUUGAUCCAAUGCUCCCUUCCAUCCGCUGGCGCCGGCGUCGGGCUUGCUGGGUGCCCCGCCGAGGCCGUGGAAGGUUCCGCCGGCGACUACGCCGCCGCACUGGCUUCAUCGGGAUCUGUGUGGGGGAGGCAUCAAAUCCAGGGCCUCCAGCCCCUGGCACCCCUGUCGGCGGCGAGCGGCAACCAAUGGUGGUUGAUGCCUCUGGGCCAGGCGCGUGAGCGAUCCCCGCCGGCAGCUCGCCGGACUGAGCGGGUUUUCUGCCCCGUUCCAGCGUGCCCCGCCGCUGCUUCGUCUGGCUGUGGCUGGACCUCCCACGCAGCCAUGCGACCGCGCACCUCGAAGAUCACGCCGCUGGCACUUUGGAAGGGGAAGUCCCACAGUCCUCCGGCAUGUCCCCAAAGCUGCGCGAGCCGCUUGGCCUUGGGCAAGUGGCAGGCAACAACACCUUGCAAGCUCCCCAAGGCGGUGCUCCACCCUGCUCCGCGUGGAGGACGCCGGCACCGCCUCCAGGCCGCGCAGUUCACCCAGCGGCGCUGUGCCAGAUGGCUGGCUGGUGAGCGCGAGGAACUUUGGGGAGACUUGCCCGGUCCUCGCCGUCGCCAGCCUCGGGACGAUGACGAAGAGGCAGCGCAGGCUGCCAGGCAGGCCGGAUGCUGUGCCUUGGCCGCUGAAGGGGAGCUCUCACGUGCCUGUGCUGCCCUGGAGUCUCCGCCACUCUUGGACAACACGACUGAUGUUGUUUCCAAGCUGCAAGCCAAACACCCCCGCGCCGCCCCUGCCCACCCGGCUCUAGGGCUGCCUGCCUUAGCUGCUGUGGCCGAGCUGGCGGUGGAGGACGUCAUCCAGGCCAUCCGCUCCUUCAGCCGUGGGAGUGCCGCGGGCCCCACUGGCCUUCGAGGUGACCACCUUCGCGAGGCCCUCGCUUCCCUUCAUGGAGACGAGAUGGCUGUCCAGCUUGCCGAUGUUGUGAAGCUGCUCGUCCGCGGAGAGGCGCUGGCCGAGAUUGCGCCCCACCUUGCUGGAGCUUCCUUACACGCAUUGCCGAAAGGGGUUGACGAUGUGCGACCCAUCGCGGUUGGGGAAGUUUUGCGGCGGCUGGACCCUCCAAGCUUGGUCCGCUUGACGGCGGGCGCACGCCAGGUCGGAUUGCAAGUCAACCCCGCCAAAUGCGAGCUUGUGGCGUGUGGAGGGGCCGCAGCCACUGUGGACAUGAGCCUCUUCCCACCCGACAUUCCCCUCAACCAAACCGGGACCUUCAGCCUUUUGGGGGCGCCCAUUGGAGACGGUCGUUUCUGCAACCAGUUCACAACAUCGGAGCGAGUUGCCAAAGCUUUGCCACUGCUAGACGCUUUGGCUGUCUUGCCGGAUGCCCAAACUGCCCUCUUGCUGCCUCGAAGUGGCUUGCAGCGGGCCCCUCACUGUGCGGAAGCGUGGCUCCAAGCAACACUCUCCACUCGGUGUGGUGGGCUCGGGCUCCGCAGCGUGGCCCGGCACAGUGUCGCCGGCUACGCUGCUUCUUUGUGGGCUACUGCGCCACUGUGCAAAGAUAUGGAUCCUGGCUACGACCCUGACUUCAAUGCUGCUCUCAACCUGGUGAACAUGGCCCUUCCGCCGGCCGACCACCUCCCGGUCCCAGCCCCGCAACCUGUCAGACAACAAGAGACCGUGUCGUGGCCCCUGCUCCUGGUCGGGAAGCCUUUCGGGCGCAUCUUCAGCUCUUGCAGCAAGAAGGCGCGGGGGCGUCGCUCCAUGCUCGCAAGCGCCGCCUUGGGGCUUCACGUGGUGACCCCGCUCUUUCGGACCAUGGUUCGCUUGCGGCUUCGCUUGCCGGUGUCUGAUUCUGACACCCCUUGCCCCCUCUGCGAUGGCACCUGUGACAGAUUUGGUGACCAUGCGCGCGUUUGUGGCCCAGAAGAUGGGGAGCAACCCUGUGGCGGUGGUCGCCGGCCAGCCGAUGUCUGGCUCCCCAACUGGCACCUACAUGGUCCAGCUGCGUUCGACAUUGCCGUCACUUCGGGCAUGAGACAGAGUGUUCUGACUGCAUCCGUGACAGAUGGCAGCAGCGCAUCUACGGACUAUGAAGCACGGAAAUGCCAGCAUCUAAGCCUAAGCACUUUGGAAGCCUGCACGAGUGAAGGGCUCCAGUUCGUCCCGCUCGUUGUUGAAGCGUGCAGUGGUGGCUGGGGGCCCAUCGCUUUGAAAACCUGGCGCUCCUUGGGUGAGGUGACCACCGAUGAACCUCCUCUGUUAGUGCCAGGUCUGCAGUCCUCAGCCUUUCUGGGUCCCGGCUCCUCUGCGGCCCCGGGGUCGCCCUCGGAGAUGCCGGUGCCAACAGAGAUGCCAACCAGUCCCGUGUUGGACCUGGGGGAUGACACCGUGCCGACAGCACCGACGCGAGUGGAACCCACAGUACUAGGUGGAGUUCCUCCAACGGCGGACGUGGAUGAUGUCCCCGUACUUCCCGGAAGUUCAGGUGUGGUAUCUUCAGUCGGAGCAUCCUCGCCUACGGAAGCUGAGAUCGCAGUGCCCACUGAGAAGCCCACGUCGCCCACAUCGCCCAUGGAUGAGCAUCCCCUCACGGAGGUGCCCCAUGUGCCAGAGGGACUGGGCCUUGCACCCGAGCCUUCAGCUGCGAUGA